AUGAAGCUAGACACCAGCAAUAUGCGGUAUCUUACCGCCGACGACUUCAAGGUACUGCGCGCGGUCGAGUUUGGCUCCAGAGAUCAUGAGUUGGUGCCCGUUCAUCUGAUCCACCGCAACUCUGGCAUGCGCGCCAUGUCUGGGACGAACAGGUCUAUCGGGGACCUUGCGAAACUGAAACUAGUGUCCAAACUGCGGAACGCGAAGUACGAUGGCUACGUACUAACCUAUAACGGGUUUGACUAUCUUGCACUAAAGUCUCUGUUGGAGAAAAAUGCUAUCUACUCUGUCGGGAAUACCAUCGGAGUCGGGAAGGAGUCUGAUAUCUACCAGGUCAGCGAUGCAGCUUCUCAGAGCCUAGUAAUGAAAAUCCAUAGAUUGGGUCGCACUUCGUUCCACACCGUGAAAACCAAGCGGGAGUAUCUGAAGCGUGGGCAGUCUGCCAACUGGAUGCGGUUAUCUCACCUCUCUGCCGAAAGAGAAUAUGCAUACAUGUGCUUGCUGUAUAGCAAAGGUUUCAGCGUUCCGAAGCCGUAUGCCAACUCCAGGCAUGCAAUCGUGAUGGAAUACAUCAGGGGUUACCCUAUGAGGCGUCUCCGGAGCCACUCCAAUGUUCCUAAGCUUUACAGCGAUUUAAUGGCAUUCGUUGUAAAACUCGCAAAUCAUGGCAUGAUCCAUUGUGACUUCAAUGAAUUCAAUAUCAUGAUUAAGGAUGAUAUCGACGAUCCUGAAGACCAAGGCUUUGUUGUGAUUGAUUUUCCGCAAUGUAUAUCUAUUCAGCACCAGGAGGCAGAGUAUUACUUUAAGCGAGAUGUUGACUGCAUUAGGAGGUUUUUCAAGAAGAAGUUGAAGUAUGAGCCCAAAUCAGAUCGCACGUUCUUGGACACUGAUGGAUUCGGGGACGGGUUCAGGUAUGCCUAUCCUGUUUUUGCCAGAGAUGUUAAUCGAUGUGAUAACCUGGAUGAGCUCGUCAUGGCGUCAGGGUUCAAAAAACAGCACCCAGGGGACAGAGAUUUAGAGCAGAGUAUGGACGCAAUGAGAAAUACAGACUACACCGACGAACAAUCGGAUUCUGACGCCGAAGAAGACACGGAGAGUGAGGAAUACGACGAAUUAAGUGAAGAAGAUUCCGAAGAAGAAGAAGACGAUUUGGAAGAAGAAAACAAACGGAUUAUCGAGGCCUUAUCCACAGGAGUAGGUAAACUAAAGAUGGAUAAUUUGGGGAACUACAUCCUGGAAGAGUAG